AUGUCCGAAUCAGUUACCUCUAAAUUACCAAAAAAGACAGAUUAUCAGUACGACAAUUAUAACGCUCUAAUUCGUAAAAUACAUGAGGAGCGUCUCAAACGUCUUGAAUUAGCGGAGGAGUCUUCUGUAACCUGGACGACAAUUCGGUAUUCCAAGAAAUCUGACCGAGAGAAGCUUGAAGGCUUAUCUGAUGUCUUGAAGAAUUUCAAACGCACCUUGACGACAUACAAUAUGCAAGUUCAGAAUGUGAAAUAUCAGGUCAAUGCAUCCGUGGAUGGAAAUGAAGUACUUUUGAAGAGAAGAAUGUUGCAGAACAUCGACGAUUAUGGAAAAUCUUUUGACAAAUUAUUUCGUGUGUAUAGUGGAAUGGAGUUGGAAAAGGCAAUCGAUGCGUUCAUUGGCGGGGAUAGGUAUGCCAUCUCCUUUCUCACAACAGCAGAGGUUCGAAGGGUCUUGGAUUCGAUCAAAGAGGAGAAACCUAAACUGCUACAACCUUAA